AGAUGCAGAGAGAUAGAUAGAGAGAGAGAGAGCUAGUCUGAAUCUAUCUGCCUAACUGUGGUGAAAAAAAUGGAAGACCUUAAACCCAUGAAUUCUACGGCUAAUUUGCAUUCCGAUGACAGUGGUGGCAUGGAAGCUCGUUUUACAGAGCUCUGCAAGAGUGGAUUAUCACUGGACGGAUACACGCUUACAAAGGCUACGGAAUUGUUCAAAGAAAGCAAGCACCUUCUGUUAGCAAACAUUUCAGCCGUUGGGAGUGGAACGCCGGAAGAAAUUGAACGAUUUUGGUUUGCCUUCAUUCUGUACUCUGUGAAGAGACUGGGUGAAGGGAACGCUGGGAAAGCGAAGCAGGAGAGCGAUGAAGAUGGAUUUACUCUAUGCCAGAUGUUAAGAGUUGCUAAGCUGAAUGUUGUUGAUUUUUUUAAAGAGAUGCCACAGUUCUUUCUCAAGGUUGGUCCAAUUCUGAGUAAUCACUAUGGUGCGGAUUGGGAGAAGAGACUUGAGGCAAAGGAGUUGCAGGCCAAUUUUGUGCACUUGAGCCUUCUAAGCAAGUACUACAAACGUGCUUAUAGAGAGUUUUUCCUGACAAGAGAGGAAAGUGAAGGUAAGCAGAUAUCUACAAGCUAUGUGUCAGAUUAUCAUCGGUUUGGAUGGUUGCUGUUCUUGGCACUCCGUGUCCAUGCUUUCAGCCGGUUCAAGGACCUUGUGACUUGUACAAAUGGAUUGGUUGCUAUAUUGGCUAUCUUGAUUCUUCACAUACCUGUACGCUUGAGGAAUUUUUCUAUCCAUGAUUGCCCUCGAUUCGUUAGAAAAGGAAACAAAGGUGUGGACCUUCUUGCAUCUCUUUGCAACAUUUAUGAUACCUCAGAAGAUGAGUUGAGGAGAACAAUGGACAAAGCCAAUAAUUUAAUAGUGGAUAUUUUGAAGAAAAACCCCACUAUGGCAUCAGAAUGUAAAUCUGAGAAUCUAGCAAAUAUUGAUACAGAUGGAUUGACAUAUUUUGAAGAUCUAAUGGAGGAGUCUUCUCUGUCAUCAAGUUUAAUCAUUCUAGAGAAAGAUUAUGAUGAUGCAAUACGUAAUAAGGGUGAACUGGAUGAGAGGAUGUUUGUUAACCAGGAUGACAGUUUACUGGGUACAGGGAGCUUGUCAGGGGGUGCAGUGAAUAUCUGUGGUUUCAAGCGGAAGUUUGAUUCUAUGACAUCCCCAUCAAAGACUAUAACUAGUCCACUUUCUCCUCCACGCUCUCCUGCUGCGUCAUCUGCAAAUGUUAGUAAUAUUGGUGUUUUGAAGAUGGCACCUACGCCAGUAAGCACAGCAAUGACAACUGCAAAGUGGCUCAGAACCGUCAUUUCUCAACUUCCUUCAACUCCCUCAGCAGAACUGCAGCGCUUUCUUUCAUCCUGUGAUAGGGAUGUAACUAAUGAUGUAACACGGCGGGCCCACUUAAUAUUGGAGGCCAUCUUCCCAAGUAGUUCUCUGGCAGAACGGCCUGGUACUGGAAGUCUUCCAAGUGCCAAUCUGAUGGACAGCAUAUGGGCACAAGAGAGAAGAAUGGAAGCUUUGAAGUUAUACUAUAGGGUUUUGGAAGCAAUGUGUACUGCAGAAUCUCAAAUAUUGCAUGCUUGUAACUUAACCUCGUUGUUAACCAAUGAGAGGUUUCAUAGAUGCAUGCUUGCAUGUUCGGCAGAACUGGUAUUAGCUACACACAAGACAGUUACCAUGUUGUUUCCUGCAGUCUUGGAGAGGACUGGCAUUACAGCUUUUGAUUUGAGCAAAGUGAUUGAGAGUUUCAUUAGACAUGAAGAGUCUCUUCCGAGAGAGUUGAGGCGACAUCUUAAUUCUUUGGAAGAAAGACUGUUGGAGAGCAUGGUCUGGGAGAAGGGUUCCUCAAUGUACAAUUCUCUAACUGUUGCAAGGCCAGCCCUUUCUGCAGAAAUAAUCCGAAUGGGGUUAUUAGCAGAACCCAUGCCAUCAUUGGAUGCAAUUGCGAUGCUCAAUAAUAUCUCCUGUGGAGGUUUGCCCCCUCUGCCUUCUUUACAGAAGCAUGAAACUUCAUCAGGUCAGAAUGGGGACAUCCGGUCUCCAAAAAGAGCAUGUAGUGAUUAUCGUAAUGUUUUGGUAGAACGCAAUUCCUUCACAUCGCCUGUGAAGGAACGUCUGCUAGCCUUCAACAGUCUAAAAUCAAAGUUACCACCACCUCUACAAUCUGCUUUUGCCAGUCCGACUCGGCCAAAUCCAGGAGGAGGAGAGGAGACAUGUGCUGAGACAGGGAUCAAUGUUUUCUUUAGUAAGAUUGUAAAGUUAGCAGCUGUCAGAAUCAAUGGCUUGGUUGAAAGAUUACAACUGUCUCAACAAAUAAGGGAGAGUGUUUACUGUCUUGUACAACAAAUCCUUAAUCAACGGACAACUCUUUUCUUUAAUAGGCACAUUGACCAGAUCAUCCUCUGUAGUCUCUAUGGAGUUGCAAAGAUCUCUCAAUUAAACCUGACCUUUAAGGAAAUCAUUUACAAUUAUAGGAAGCAACCCCAAUGUAAAACUCAAGUUUUUCGCAGUGUAUUUGUCGAAUGGUCAUCAACACGCCGUUGUGGGAAAAUGGAGCAGGAGCAUGUUGAUAUUAUCACAUUUUAUAAUGAAGUAUUUAUUCCGGCUGUAAAGCCUCUGCUGGUGGAGCUUGGUCCUGCUGGUGCAACACCAAAAGCUAACCGGGUCCCUGAAGUUAACAAUAAUGCUGAUGGUCAAUGUCCUGGUUCACCUCGGUUAACUCAAUUCCCAAGUCUUCCUGAUAUGUCCCCGAAGAAAGUGUCUGCAGCACAUAAUGUCUAUGUCUCUCCGCUGCGGUCAUCAAAGAUGGAUGCUCUCAUCUCACACAGCUCUAAAAGCUAUUAUGCAUGCGUAGGAGAGAGCACUCAUGCUUAUCAAAGCCCUUCCAAGGACCUGACUGCAAUUAAUAAUCGUUUAAAUGGCACCCGGAAUGUCUUCAGAGGUGCACUCUUUGGUGAUGACAAAGUCGGCUUGGUAAGUGACUCUCUUGUAAUGGGCAGCUUUCACUUCCAGAAUGGCAGUUGUGCCUCAUCUUCAGGUGCUGCUACCUUGAAAUCUGAGCAACCUGACAGCUAACCGUAUUCAGGGUUUUCCCUUGUAUGUAAAUCAACUCUUUUUUUUUCCCCUUCCACCUAAUCUAUACCCUCUUGCACAAGUUGAAGUGCUGUGUAUGAGUGGCAGUCUGCUAUAGAAAGGCCGCUACCACCCUAGUAAGUGCUUCGUGUGUCAGAUCUUGAGCUUCUUCUCAAGAGUUCAACAAGGUAUGCUUCUGACUAAACUAAAUUAAUAAAAUCUUUUUUAUUGCUUGCUGUCA